CCCAGCGGCCGGGCCCCGGGGGCUGCUGUGGAUCCUGGACGAGGAGGCGCUGGUUCAAGGCUCUGGGGACAGUGCUGCCUUCGACCGCUUCUGCUCCUACUUUGCCAAGACAGGAGCUGACUUGGAGGAGGAUCGCUACGUGCGCAAGUGCGAGCAGGAGCUGCACUUCGAGAUCCUCCACCAGCUGGGCACAGACCCCGUCCGCUACGACCUCACCGGCUGGGUCAGCAAAGCCAAACUCAACUUGUCUGCGCAAAAUGCCAUCAAGGUCCUGCAGCAGUCCAAGGUGAACGCGCUGAGGGAUCUGUUCCUGCCCCGGUCCAGAGCGCCCCUGGCUUGUCGCUCCGUCACAGGCCUGGAGGGAUAUUCCCAGGCGGCCCUGCAGCGCAUCGGCUGCGUCAGGAAGACCUUCUCCAACAGCUUUGCUGCCGUGAAGAGGAAAUCCGUGUGUGCCCAGCUCAGGCUGCAGGCGGACGCGCUCAUAAACCUGCUCAAGAGAUCCCAGCUGCACUUCAUCCACUGCCUGGUGCCGCGGGACGGAGCCGCGGCGCCCGAGGAGGAGCUGCGGCUGGACGUGCCGGUGCUGCGCGCGCAGCUGGAGGGGGCGCAGCUGCUGGACGCCGUGCGCCUCCACCGCGCGGUAAACAAGUAUCUUGGGAAUGCCAUUCAGGAGCUCUUCCAGGCGCUCGAUCUGGAGAAGAAAAGCAUCGCGGUGGGACGCAGCCAGGUUUUCCUGAAGGCAGGGGUCAUCUCCAGACUGGAGAAGCAACGCAACAAGCUGAUAUCCCCGAAAAUGAUCCUCCUGCAGGCAGCGUGCAAGGGCUUCCUCAGCCGGCAGAAAUUCAAGAAGCUAAAGAUCCAGCGCCUGGCCGUGCGCUGCAUCCAGAAGAACCUGCUGCUCUACCAGGCUGUGCGGCACUGGCCCUGGUGGCAGCUCAUGAGCCGUGUGCGGCCCUUGCUCAGCAUCAGUGUUGCAGAAGAUCAGCUCCGUGCCAAAGAGGAGGAGCUGGCAGCACUAAGAAGAAAGCUAGAAAAAUCAGAGCAGUCAUGCAGUGAGCUCAGGCAGAACACGGAGAAGCUGGAAAGCAAGAGCAAACACGACCAAGUGCAGAAGAAACUGGAGUUGGUGGAGAAGCAGCUGGAAGAAGCCCAGCAGCUGGUCCAGCUGCGUGAGAUGAAGCUGAGCGGCUCCGGCGGAGGGGACGAGUGGCAAGUGCGCUUCGAGUGCGCGCAGACGGAGAUCGGCUUCCUGCGGAAGCGGCUGGCGCAGCUGGACGAGCGGCUGGAGGCCGAGCGCGGCUCGAGGACGGAGCUGGAGCAGAAGCUGGAGAAGAAGCAGAAGAAGUUUGACUUGCAGCUGGCCCAGGCCCUGGGGGAGUCUGCUUUUGAGAAGAGCCUCCGAGAAAAGGUGACGCAGGAAAACAGCAGUAUGCGAUGGGAGAUGGCCAAACUCCAGCAGAGCUUAGAGCUCCGUCAGCUGGAGAUGCAGUUGGAGCAAGAGUACGAGGAGAAGCAGAUGGUGUUGCACGAGAAGCAGGAUCUGGAAGGGCUCAUUGGCACCCUGUGUGAGCAGCGGGCCGCGGUGCGGUGGCUGCUGGCGGCCACCGCUGGCCCCGGCGCCCCGGCCAGCAAGGAGGAGCUGGACAGAGCCCGCAAGCAGCGGGAAGAGAGCGAAGCGAGGUGUGCGGAGGCCCAGGCGGCUCAGAAGACCAUGGCCCUGGAGCUGGAGAACCUGCACACGGAGCUGGAGACCCUCAGCCGAAACAAGAACGUGCUCGAGGAGCAGCUCUACCAGCUGCAGCACGAGCGAGCGGAUCUGCUGAGACGCCUCGACGAGGACCAGGAGGAUCUCAACGAGCUCAUGGGGAAGCACAAGGCUCUGAUCGCCCAGUCUGCAACAGAUAUCGCCCAGAUUCGGGAGCUGCAGACCCAGGUGGAGGAAGCAAAGAAAGAAAAACAAAGUCUUCAAGAGAAACUGCAGGCGGCGGAGGCCAGGCUGGCGCAUCUGGGACGCGCCACGGUGGAGCGGGCGCUCGUGGGGCGCCAGGAGGCCCGCGUCUGCGACCUGCAGAACCGCCUGGAGUUCCAGAGCGUGCAGAUCAAGCGCUUCGAGGUGCUGGUGCUGCGCUUGCGGGACAGCAUCAUCAAGAUGGGCGAGGAGCUGGAGAAGGCGGCCGAGUCGGAGGCGCGGCAGAAGGAGAACACCAGGUACUACCAGAUGAGGAUGGAGGAGAUGAAGGCCGACAUGAACGAGCUGGUCCAGAGGGAGCUGGAGUCCAGCCGCCGGCGCAUGGAGCUGGUUUUACAUAUUGCUGCAAUCCGUCAGGAUUUGAGGUUGAGCAGAGAUGUCAAGGAACCAGAAACGGCCCGUCCAGCUUCAUCGCUCAGCGUGGGGAGCGUCGAUGCCGCGGGAGCUGUGAAGGCUGCAAGUCCUUUGCUCGGUGCUAGAAGACGGGAGUAUGGAAAAGCUCCGGAAGACAAGGAGGAGCUGGAGAGCCAGCAAAGAGCGUGGGAGAGCCGAGGAGCGACUUCUCCCUCGCCGGGGAGAGGACGGAGCCCUCCCGCCCCGGAGGGCAGGUUUCCCAGCCCGCUGUCCCCAGCGGUGACGAGAAGGCAGCUGCCCUCGGUGGCCGAAGAGAAGCUGCCCAGCUCUUCGCUCGCGCUCUCCGAGUACGUGGAGGAGCUGAGGAGGAAAAGGGCAGCAGAAAACGAGCCGGGAGCGCUAGCACUCGGUGACGCUUCUCCCCUGCCAAUCUACCAAACGACUGGUGCUUCCACCCUGCGGCGCUGCAGGACCUUCCGAGAGGCCGGUGACGUCCCAGGGAGGGGGGAAGCGAGCGAGCCGAGGGAGAGCGGCGGAGCCCCUGGAAGCCCCGUCCCCAUCCGUUCCUCCAUCCUCAAGGGCACAGCCUCGGAGAAGACGGAGCCCGCGCGCUCCCCGGUGCUAAAACGUGUCUCCAAGUUUGGCUCCUGCGACUCGCUGCUGCAGAACAUGGACAACUCGAGCUCCGCAGAGGCGCUCGGCACCUGGAGACUCAAGUCAUGGAGAAGUUGCCUCGAGCCGUCGCUGGAGGAGGGAGGAGACCUCGACGUGGGGAAGGAUCCUCUGGUGUUUCAGAGCAGGCGAUUCGGUGCCGACGCGGGCGAGGGGAAGGAGAGCGACCCGUUCACCUGGAAGAUACCGAGCCUCAACUACGAGCGGAGAACCAAGGUGGAUUUUGACGACUUCCUGCCGGCGAUUCGGAAGUCGCGCUCCACCAGCAGCCUGGCCAAGCCCGGCAGGGCAGGGCAGAGGCCGCUGACGGUUCGGUUUGAAUAUGAGGCCGCCGCAGACACCCCUGGGAUCAAGACCCCGUCGAGGCAGCGCCCGGGCGCCCAGGAGGACUCCGGAAACCUCUCGGACGCCUCCUCGUCCUCCGGCUCGGCCCGGUCCUUCCGGAGCGCCGACAGCAUCAAGCGCCGGCCCCCGAGAGCCGACGGGGAAGGGUGCAGCAGCGCGGCCGCGGAGAGCCCCCGCGAGCCGCGCAGAGCCGAGGCCGAAGGCAAGGAGGAUGAUGUAAAUAGUAUCAUGAAGAAAUACCUGGGGAAGGACUAA